CUUUUCCACAACACAAAUCUACUACCCUAGGGUAGCUUUCCACCAUCCACUACCUAUGAUAAGAUUGUCAUAUUUUCCCCAAAGCAAUGGAUCCACCAUCAGGGUCAUCAUUCGUCCCCACUAGUUUGAUUCUAGAUGACGAUGACUCGGGCAUGGAAUACAAGACAGUUCCACCUCCAGCCUCAAUCGAACGAUCGCGCGCCAUCGAGAUACUGGACCAACCACACACGGUACGAUUCUGUGGUGCCAUGAUGAACAUUCUACAUUCGAAACCUGCGGAAUUUACUUUCGCUCAACUUGUAGACGGGCUACCUUUGGCAAAGGUGGCUUCAGUCUCGAGAGCAUUACGAUAUGAAGAACCCGUCAGAAACCACAAAGAGCUGUGUCCAGGUGCUAUGGAUAAAGUUAGAGCUCUUCGAGAUACCUUUGAUCCAGCUAGUCUUGAUCUGCCUGUUGAGGUCCUGAGACGAUACCAAAAUAUACCGGCUGGAUCACGGGCAUCGAAACUACCCUUCAUUGAACUCAUCGUUGUAGCUGUCCACCGGCUUGCUGUGCUUAUUCACAGAGAGGGCAACCUUCACAAGGAGAAGGAUCCCACUUUUGACCAAGGCCGCCCUUUUCAUAGGUGGAGCGGCAAACCUUACCCGACGCCUUUCUGUCUGAUCCACUAUUCGGACCCAGAGCAGUACCCCGAUGGUGUGGCGGAUCUCGCCGGUUACUGGGCCGAGAACUGGAUAUUUGGUGGUGUUGUUGUCUUCAGUAGGGGAGAAAGUGGAACGGAGUGCAACGGUGUGUGGUUACAUUCAUGCAAGGAGUACACCACAGACAGUCUUUGGGCCUUGACAGAAGACCAGGUAGCAAGGCUCCUGGGCUUUCUAGAAUCGAACAAACCCCCGGAUUGCCCGCUUCCGAUCAAGCUGGAAAGGGCCAACCGGCGACGCGUGGACCCUGACAACUGCAUCCCGGAGUACAACAUCUAUAGGGACCGGUGGGAGCGCAAAAUGAGGUACCCGGAUAGAGACAGUUGGGAAAUGCUUGUCUCAGGCAGGCCAGACGUGGAGGUUAAUUAUCCUUUGAGCGAAGGGGAACCCGAUCUGUUUUGAUGACGUCUCCAUACCUCAAGUGCUAGGUACUGUCCUGGCUGUCAGAGUGAUAUGUAUCAAAUACCACUGGAGGAAAUACUUUUGGGAAAGCAUGAUCUUCCGCACUCGACCUCAGGCCCAGGGAGAGAUAAUAGCCAAGACGCAGAGAGCAAUUUGAAGUAGCCACAAAUCCAGUGAUGGCAGCUGGGCUGGCGCAGCCGCUUUGAUGCCCUCAAGUGCUUAUGCCGG